UACUGUUGAGCGCAGCGACUCGUGUUAGCCUUACUUUCCACCGAAUCAGAAAGUUUCGCAGUUUUGUCAAGUUUCUUGUACAGGGUUGUGUGUAGAGAACGAUUUGGUGUGGCUGAGUUUUCAACGACCGAUUCCUCAAACAUGGGUCCUGCUGUCCUAUCAAGCGACUUCUGUAGCAAUGGUGGGGAAGACGACGCCGACACGUAUGACUCCUCCUUUGCAACUCCUGCUUGCUCCGUACUACGUUCGCCAUUGACUUCUCUAAAAUUAUAGAGUCUAGAAUUGUUGGGUCCAAGAGCAUCCAGAAGGCGAGGUUGUGGGAUUUUUGAUUUCGACUUCUCAUCAGGAACUUUUGUAGGAGAGAUCUGCUUUUCCAGUUCAGCGAUCCUCUGCUUCAGCUUGCUUUCCGAUUCGUCAGCAUCAUCACAGAUCUUUUCCAAUUCCGAUAUUCUGUUUUCUUGAAUUUUACAAUGCCUUCUCAAUUCUACUGUCUCCUUUGCCAAUUUCGCAUACUCGGUUUUCUUCAAUCUGAAAAGAAAUAAACUCUUCUCUAACAAUGACUCCCACACUAGACAACGGCCUUCUGUUAAAGCGGCUCUCAGAUUGGGAACCUCGGGCUUAGUGAUGAGUCCUAACUGCGUUUUGAGCUUCUCAUUUUCAUCAAGCAAACCAAAGACUUUCUUUUUAUAAUUAUCUUCCACCUCGUCAAACUCAUCGCAUAGAUCUCCUAGACGAUUGAUCUCCCUUUCUUUUAACUCGACCAGUCGUUCCAGUUCCUUCAGUUCCUUCUCGAUAUCCUUGGAAUUUUGUUCUGAUUUCUCAUUAGCAGCUUCGCCUAGCUUCGAUUCCAGUGUAGCACAUUUCUCCAUCAAUUCUUCAGACUUUUGGCGGUACUCCGUUGCCUGCGCCUCAGCUUCGGCUUGGGCGACUUUACUUUCUCGUAGUUCCGCGUUCAGACGACUUAAUUCAGCAGUCGUUGCCUCAAUCUUCGUAUUCGCAGCGCUCUUUUCUCUGGCAAAGCGUUCUUCGAGCAGCACCAUUUCUUCUUUCAGAUUACGAGCCUCAUUGUGUGCCGUAGUCAACUCUGCAUCGAAUCGCGCUUUGGCUUCUUCGUACUCCUUCUCGAUGACUUUCUUCUCUUCCCACAAAGAAGAAUGCUGCUCUUCAAGGACGGUCAGGGCUUUCGUGGCCUCUCGUUUUGACUCCGCCUCGGCCAAGAGCUUGCUACUGACUUCUUUGAUCGUGUUAUUUAGAGUAACCGUUUCCGCCUUGAGGUAAUCGGCUGUUUUCUCUAAUUGUGGCACCUUUUUCGCAACUUCCUCGGUUGCAACUAUUCUAGCCUGAUACUCUUUUUCUUUGUCUUUCCAUUCCUCUUCAGACUUGGCCAAUUCAGCAAUUAAGGCGGCUAUUUUCUCUUGCGACUUAAAUGCACAUUCGCCGAGCUCAAUCAAGUCUUUUUCGAUAUUUGCUUUGUUAACUUCAACUUCAGCCAGACUAGUUUUCAAAGAAUCACGAUCAUCUGAUAGAGUGGCAAGUUCUGCUUUCAUAGAAACGAUUACUUGUUGUGAUUCCAUCUCAGUCUUCUGAGCCUUCUCAACAGCAGCCUCAAGUUCUUCUUUGAAACGAUCCCUUUCGAGCUCGAGCGAUUUCAGAAAUGUUUGGAGUUCAGCUGCAUCUGCUGCGACCUUUUCAAUUUCAGCAAUUUUCUCAUUAUACAUAUCCAUCCCGAGUUUCACCUUUUCUUCCAAGGCAGCUUUAUCCCUUUCUGCAUCUGCCAUAUCAGUUUCUAGUUUGGAAAUCGCCUCAGUAGCCUUCAUCACUUCAGUGGUGAGUUCAGCUUCUUUCUUCAAACUUUCCUCGAGCUGCGAUGUCAAUGCUUCCUUAUCUGCUGAGCUCAAGGCUAUCGCACUCUCUAGUUCGCUGAUACGAUGCUCGAACUUCUCAGUAUGGCAUUUUAUGUGAUCAGCAAGAUUCCUUUCGGCCUCAACAAUCCUCUGCUCAGCAUCCUUGGAAGCUUUCUCAGCUUUAUCCAGUGCUUCCUCGACAAUGCAUUUUUCAUCCCUCAACUGCUCAACUUCACGGCUUGCAAUGUCGCGGGCCCUCUUCUCCGCUUCUAGCUGUUCUUCGAGAGCAGCACACGCUUCUUUGAGGUUCCCCAAUUGAGCCAUUUCCUUCUCGAAAAAUUCCAACUUAUCGUUUAGCUGCUGUCUAAGAUUCGUAAGCUCCUCUUCAGCAGCACUGCGCUGAUGAACUGCUUCCUUGCAUGCUUGCUCUUUCUCUUCCAGAAUACAUUUAACGGCUUUCAGCUCAUCCGCUGUUUUCAUCAGAUCCAUUUCACUGGCAAUCUGGAUUUCGCGCAGAAUAGUCAUCUCGCUAUUGGCUGUACUCAACUGAUUUUUCAGAUCUUCAAAAGCCUUUUCACGCAAUUCCAGAGCUGAUGCUGUCUCAUUCAAUUUCUCCUGCAGCGUUAUGCAUUCCUCAGCAUGGCGACGAUCAGCGGUCAGAAGCGCUUGCUCUCUUUCCAAAACCUCAUUCUCCAACUCGGUUAACCUUUCUCGCAUGGCAGCUAAAUCUCGAUUGGCAUUAGUGAUCUCUUCCGAAACAGCCACUGUAGUGGUGGCAUUCAUGGCUUUGUCAAGUUCCUCGGCCAGCUCUUCACAGCGUUUCUGAGCCGCCACUCUUGCGGCUUCCGAUUCCAAUAGUCGUUCACUCGUCACAGCAAGUUCUGCCGAAAGCCCCGCCGAGGUGUAAGUCAAAUCUGCCUGAGAUCGAAUAGCUGCAUGACAUUUUUCGAGUUCCUCUUCCUGGGCAAUCAACUUAGCAUGGAGAUCCUCCUUCUGCUUUACAUGAUUUUUCUUGAGGUUUUCAACUAUGAACUCAUAAUCUUCAAUGGUCUUCUCAGCAUGUUCUCUUGCUCGCUCCAAUUCAUUCAGUUUUUUAUCAGCCUCUGCUAAGGCAGCGUCUUGCGCGGCUGAUUUCUCUUUGUACUUAUUCAUUUCUGUCGAAACAGCACGUAAAUUGGCAUGGAGUUCCGCUUUUUCCGCCUCCAACUUCGCCAUAUUCAUUGCCAUCUGUUCAAUUUCUGAUGGAGAUUUUGAAUUUCGGAGUCGACCUUCUUCUUCGGCCAGGACUUUGACUUCGUUAAUCAAGAACGAAAUCUCGGAGUCGUUCAUAUUGUAUUUUCGAUUGACUGGAAGAACUGGUGUUGAAGAUUGCGAGCCGAAACUACUUGCAGCAUUUGACGUACGAGACGUGGCGCCUCCUCGGGAUAAAUCAGCAAUUGGCGACAACGGCGACUUGUAGCGUAGAGCUGCCGACGAUUUUGAAGAUGAACAUCGCUCCGUUAUUCGGUCACUAGCUCCGGAUUUGGUAUCUUCUGCUGAAAUCUCUUCAUCCUUGGGCUUUGCACCUUCUAGUAAAACUAUUUGAGUAUCUUCUCCCUGGAUCACCAUCUCUUGGUCUCCGGUAUCGAAUAUUGCGGUCUGAUAUUGCGUUAGAGAUUCGUAUGCGAUUGCUGUAGCGGUACUUUCAGGUCGUGAAACCCUGCCUUCAACUUCUGACGAACCGUAAUGCGCGGGAAAGACGUCGUUGUUCGCAAGAAGGGCAGCGGCCUUCUCUGGUUCAGUCAAAACCAUCAUCGUUUCUUCGAUCCCAGUAGUAAUGUCCAUAAGAGAGCUAUCAGUAAUAGCUGUAUAGUCGGCGCAUCCCAGAGAUGUGUCCUCGCGCUUGUCAUGAGGAGGGUUACCAGCCUUUGCCAGCGGUACGGCGAACACCAAUUCUGUUUCAUUCAAAUCGUUGAAACUAUCUUUCCCUGAUAAAUUCACAUCAUCUCCACCAACGCCUCUAGCGCAGCUCACAUGUGAUGAAAAAGAGAAAGUUGACGAUAGAUCUGACACACAAGGGAGGGUUUCCUUUUGCGAGGGUUCCGGAUUCACGAUAGAGAUAUUCACUGAUCCCACAACUUCCAUGCCACUCUUGGCUUUCUCUCCAUCUCCCAAAUCAGACAGUUCCCUAGCUAACGAUCCUUCGUCCAAUGGUAAAGGAGCGCCAUUGUUCUCAUACAAUAAAACGGCCUCAACAGAUCCACAUAUCACGGUAUCGCUCUUGGGUGAUUCUUCGUCACGAGUAGUAUCCAGCCUUUGUGUGGCUUCUUCGGUAGUGUUUUCAACGUUCAAACCAAUUGCCUCAGCCGCCAAUGGCUCUUCAUUUUUCAAAGUUGUAUCCGCUUCAUCCUCCGCCAACACAAAAGUCUCAUGCAAAAGUUUGUGAGGAGUCAGCGCUUCAACUUCAACCGUCAUCUCCCUGUUAUCCAUUUCGCACAUCGUUGACUCUAUCGCUGAGUCCUCGAGGUUCGAAUCACAGCUUCGAACAUUCCGGUUCUCUUUCAUUUGGGUCAUCGGCGCAUCCGAUUCCACGAAGGACUCCUCUAUAUUCGGAUCAGCACGGUGUACAAUCGAGUCUAUUCCAACACUCGCAAGCUCUUGCGCAACGGAUCCUUCCAGUUCCGCCUUGACGCUGGACAUGUUCAAAGUCUCAUCAAAGAACUGCGACGCCUCCAAAUUCUGAUCUCCCAACUCUCGAAGAGGCCUCAACUGCUUUCUAGGACCUGGACGUGUACUAGGCGUGCCCGACGUGUACGGACUUUCCAUGGAGGGCCGUUUUUUCACCUCAUGUUUCAUUGGCGUUUCGACGUUUUCUUUGUCAAUGGGCAUUGUAGGGAGUUUCGAACAGAACCUAUAA